CAGUUGCGUAUUCUCAACAAUAGUUGUGCGGUUGUAGCUGGUUCUUUGUUCUAUGUCUUUAUCUUGGGCGCGUUUUUAGGCAUUGUGGCGAUUGUGUGGCGACUGAUGUUGACGAGUUCGGUACCUGAGUCAUCUUUUUUUGCAUCGCGCCCUCUGUACCUCAGUUCACGAGCUCGUGCUCUUGUGUGUUGUUUUCCGCCCUUGAUACCGCCGGCCUGUGCUGCGCUGGAAGGAGUUACGAGGGUCGAAGCCGCACUAAAGGACUUAUCCACUUCCUUAUAUUAAAGAGUCCGGAGCGCUCUCGCCCAGGAGAAAGAAGAACCGCUCGGUUCGUGAAAACAACCCUACGAUUUCUCUGACCGCCACUGGCUCAGCACAGGUUGCUGGCGAUUGACCGGGGGAGUUUGGAAUAGUCGGCAUUGGCAUACUAGCCAUGGAGAAGAAGUCGACUGUUAGUCAGUCUUUUAAGGUGCGCUACAAUUCUCCCGACUUCAUGAGGAUGAUGCUGGAGAUGCAGAUGAAGCGUCGUCGACAGCUUGCACUAAAGGCUACUUCGACAGCAAGUGCAAGGCCUUCAUCCGAGACCGGUGAUUCUCAAAAUUCAACCAAGACAGCAUUGGAAACAUGCAGGCCACCCGAGGAGCUACACCAGGAAAACAAGAAUGUUGUGACACCGGAUACCUACCACAACCGACAGCCCUUCUACAUGACAACCAGUGACAGACCGGUGGUGUACCCAAAGCCCAGACUGGUUGAUUCUCAGCUUCUCAACACUUUGAAUGACGGUGAUCCAGUGGAACAUCUGAAGUCAAGACAAGACCAUAAUGAGCUUGCACUAAAGGCUACUUCGACAGCAAGUGCAAGGCCUUCAUCCGAGACCGGUGAUUCUCAAAACUCAACCAAGACAGCAUUGGAAAUAUGCAAGCCACCCGAGGAGCUACACCAGGAAAACAAGAAUGUUGUGACACCGGAUACCUACCACAACCGACAGCCCUUCUACAUGACAACCAGUGACAGACCGGUGGUGUACCCAAAGCCCAGACUGGUUGAUUCUCAGCUUCUCAACACUUUGACUGACGGUGAUCCAGUGGAACAUCUGAAGGCAAAACAAGACCAUACUGAGCUUGCACUAACGGAUGCUGCGACAGCAUGUGCAAUGCCUUCAUCUCGGGCCAGUCGUUCUCAGAAGUCAACCAAGCCAACCAUGGCAAUUUACAGGCCACCCGGUGCUAGGCUUGCUGAGAUGCUGCGCAAGCAAAGCGAGAAUGCUGGGGCAUCGGAUACCGACCACAACGAGCAACAGCCCUUCAGCACCACGACCAGUGACAGCCAGGUGGUGUAUCCAAAGCCAAGAUUGGUUGAUUCUCGGCUACUCAACACUUCAACCAACUGUGGUCCAGUGGCACAUCCAAAGCCAGGAAAAGACCAUUCUGAGGUUCCGAAUGAUGUGCCAGCUUCACUGGCACUGUGCUGUGCAUCUGAUGAACCAGAGCCCAUUGGCAACCGCCCGCAGUCGCACAGUGGUCACAAGCAAGAUGAAGACCGUCGUCAUGGCGACCUGAUUGCGCAGGCAAUGUCUGACCCUACUUCACUCAACUCACAGCAGCUUGUGCAUCUUGGACGGGUCGUCAGUCACACGGCAGCUUUAACCACCGAGCACGCCGAACCAGCAGCCGAGUUUUGCUACAAGGUUGCUUUGGCGACUGACAGCGCGUUCCUGGAGGGCCUGCUGAGCGGAUGCCGCGAGUUGUACGCAAAGCGAGAGGAGCUGAUGGCCCCACUCGAGCCAUCGACGGACGUGGCAGUCCGCUGGAUGCCGUACGUCUCCUUUUUGGCCCAGCUUUUGGUGGCGUUCGUGUCAUCGGAUGGCGACGGUGCCACUGCGGCCCGUGACACUGUCGAGACCAGAGAUGGCAAGAGGUCGAACGUCAUCUCGAAAAAUACUGUGCGAUCCCUGGCCAUUCUGCUGGACUGCUGCUUCCGUGCCAUUCUGCGCCCACCAUCCCUGAGCAGCUUUGACCAGAUGGAGUGCCUGAAGUCGGCAAUGACGGUUGCCGGCAAGGCCAUGGAGAAGGCUGAGCCACACCUGAUGCAGGCAGUGAUGAGUCAACUGCAUGAUGCCUACUUCAAGCCAGGGAUAUCGGAGCACUCACGCAAAGUCUUGCUGGAGCUAAUAGAGCUGCAUGCUUCAGGGUGGCAGUUGAAGUCCUCCACCCAGUAAAUGCGCUAUUAUCCAGACAGAUCUGUCAUUGUGGAUUGUGCAGCUUAGCAAAUAAACCAGUGACAAGAGCAGGGACGCCAGUCAACACACUUGAGAUCUUCUUUGACACCACAGUCAUUCGUGUGAAGGAGGCACUGAAAAUGGAUUUUCAAUUCAUUGUAAACACAUUAUUUUACUUAUUUUGCACAUUGUGCUGUCUCCAUCGCAGCUCAGUGUUUACGGUAUACUGUUUCCUGUGUGACCAAGGGCUGAAUCGUUAUUACCACUUUCACUUGAUAUGCCAACUUAAGGAGUGCAGUAUAGUUAAUAUUGGCAAACUGAGAGGUAUUUAUGUGCGGGGUGGGGAGGCAACACUGAGAACUGGAGGUCGAAAGUGUUCCAUUCUAAACUGUAAUAUCACAUUUAUUUCAACACGCCAUUGCAGCUUGAUGUUAAUUGCCCAUUCCUUGUUGUGGUUGUGGGCUGAAGAGUUAUUUCUAGUCAAGGCUGACACACUAAAGGGAGCAGUGUAGUUUGUCUUUUUAACCAAGAGUCAUUCAUGGUGAAGGCAGUGCUGAGACCAAGAGGGUACAACACAGAUAUUGUUAUCGGCAUGUAAAUUUUAUUACAUUUAACACACAACACAGCUUGUUGUAACUUGAUGUCUAUAUCAUUUCUUGUUAUAGCUGAGUGCUCAAGCAUUGUGCGUGAUUACUCAUGGUUGAUAAAUGCUUACAUAGGUACAAUAUUGUGAACAUGGUAUGGAAACGAAAAGUCAACCAUCCAAAGGCAGUACGUGAAACGGGAUUCCGGGUAUGGUUCCAUGUUGAACAUGUUAUUUUUAUGUGAAAUGUCCCGUAAAAAUCCUAUCCUCAGAACUUUCUCUGAGACAAUCGUUUAAAAUUGUUUGAGUAUUUUAUUUCCAUUGAAGCAACCAUUUGGAUGUUAACAGCCCUACAUAUCAAAAUUAGUAACGUGCUAAAACAUAUCUGUUUCAUCACAGGAGUUCGUCUCCUGGCCUGCACUGUACUAGCUUGUGAUAAAAUGUUCUUCAUGUAAGAGCUCAACCAAAAAUCCUCACCUCACUCAUUUUCAGUUUUAAUUUCUAGCUAUUAUGUUAUUUUACUGUUUCCAUUGCUUCCAAAUAAAUGUAUUUGUUAGGCCAAGAAGAGCUGCCUUCGUUUUGUUUCAGUGAUGAAUUAAAACCUUUUUUAUUACUAAAACUAAGAUUUUCCUAAUAAAUUGGCUUUGAAUGAAAGUGAUAUCAAACAACUUUACAAAACAGCGAUAAAGAUCACAAAUAUGCAACAUAGCACACAUGGGCAUAUACAUUAUCCAGUGAUCUUUUGCGGCACGAGGGUAUGCAAAAGAAGGCAUACUAUUUUCGUGUGUAAUAAAGUUUUUUUAUACUGAC